AGAAACCAUACCGCUACCGGGCCUUAGUUUUGACAGCAUGACAACUAUGAUUUAUAAAUAAUGAGUUUUGUCGGUUUUUUCUAUAAGUAUAUCGGCUGAGAAUAGUUUUAUUAAUUUAAAAUGGAUCAGAAACCAACCUUAGAUAUCGUUUAUAUGGCUAUUUCAGCUUUGUACAAUAACCCCAACACAAGUGAAAAGGAAAGAGCAUCCCAAUGGCUUGGAGAUCUACAAAAAUCAGUACACGCCUGGACAAUAGCUGACGAAUUACUCCACCACAAGGCAGACUUAGAAUCAUGUUAUUUCGCAGCGCAAACGAUGCGUACAAAAAUCCACCAGUCUUUCCACGAAUUACCUUUUGAAGUACACUCUUCUUUAAGAGAUUCACUUCUUGAUCAUAUUAGUAAAAUAACGGAAACAACAAAUCCCAUCAUCGUAACUCAAUUAUCUUUAGCUUUGGCUGAUCUCAUCUUACAAAUGCCCAUUUGGCAAAAAGCAACGUUAGAUCUUGUUAAUCGGUUCUCCCAAUCUCACUUAUGGCCACUUCUUGAAGUACUCAUAGUUCUUCCAGAAGAAUUAGAAAUCCGUUCGGUUAGAUUGGGCGAGAAUCGUCGUAUAGAAAUACAAGCAGAUUUUAAAUGUUGCGCUCCAACUGUGAACGAAUUCUUAAAGCACUGUUGCAGUAAUUAUUCGACAAAUUUACACGAAAACGUCCAUCUAAACGUAAAAAUUAUUCGUUGUUUUACAUCGUGGGUUAGCGUGGGGGCGAUACAAUUAGAAGAUGUCUCCGAUAACUCAGUCGUUGCUCACGCUUUAAAUGUACUUUGUUAUAAACAAGAAAGUGAAAAACAUCCCCCGAUUUUAGGGGCGUUACACGACGCAGCCACCGAGUGUUUAUGCACAUUAUUAAGAUGUUUGGAGUCGAACAACAACCAACACAGCUUAGAAAUGUUCCUUUUCAAUAGCAUCUUAAACUUUGAAGUUCCAUAUCAUUUAAGCGUUGCAAACGAAGAUCAAGAUAAAUCGAUGAAUUACUGCAGGAUUUUUACCGAAUUAGGAGAAUCGUUUUUAGACAAAAUCGUAAACGCGCCACUCAAUCAACCUCAUUUUGCAAUUAAAGUUUUCGACUUGGUACUUCUUUGCGUUGGACAUCACGAUUACGAAGUAGCCGAAAUUACUUUUAAUUUGUGGUAUUUAUUAAGCGAAGAACUUUAUAAUAGAAAGGAUAAAACCACCACGGAAUUAUACAGACCAUAUAUUGAACGAUUAGUAACUGCCCUUUGCAGGCAUUGCCAAAUUGAACCUGAUCACGAAGGACUUUUAGACGAGGGCGAUGAUUUUAAAGAUUUUCGAUUGAAGGUUUCCGAUUUAAUUAAAGAUGUUGUGUUUAUUGUGGGGAGUUGUAGUUGUUUUAGACAGAUGUUUAUGAAUUUGCAAGUUCCGGGAGUUACUUGGGAAAGUACCGAAGCUGCGCUAUUUGUUAUGCAAGCUGUUGCCAAAAAUGUUUUGCCGUCGGAAAAUGAUGUUGUACCAAAAGUGGUUGAAGCGAUUUUAAAUGUACCAGAAAAUACCCACAUUGCAGUUCGACACACUUCCGUACUUCUCUUGGGACAACUAUGCGAAUGGAUCGAAAAGCAUCCGGAAACUCUAGAUAUGAUUUUAAAUUUUCUCGUUUACUGUCUACCUCAGCAAGGAAUUGGGGCGGCUGCCGCCACGGCCUUGCAAAGUAUUUGUGGGACGUGUGGAGAUCAUAUGCCUGGACAUAUUCCGGUACUUGUUCAUUUGCUGCGUCAAGUGGAUACGUUUGCGAUAACCAAUAAUGCCGUUAUUGGUUUAUUAACGGGAGUGGCGGCCAUCGUUAGUUGUAUGCCCCAUCGCGAUGUAACAAGUGCUUUAAGGGAAUUGUGUUAUAUGCAAUUAACUCCGUUGAUGCAAUUGAUCGAACAAGAUGUGGUUCCCGUUCGAGGAACUAAAUCAGAUCCGGUUUUAUGGGUUGAUAGAUUAGCCGCGAUUUUUAAAUAUGUUACUAUUAGCGUAGAAGAUGGCGAACAACAUCCGUGUAAACCCAUUAUUUUAGAGGUGUGGCCCAUUAUUUCAAAGAUUUUUGAUAAAUAUCAAAAUGAUAUAAGAAUAAUGGAGAGGGUGUGUCGUACGAUGAGAUACAUGUUGAGAUGUGUUAGUCAACAAGUACGAGAGAUUUUAGAAAGCUUAGUUGGACAAAUAAUGCGGUUAUAUUUAGCGCAUAAACAUUCGUGUUUUUUGUACGUUGGGAGUAUCUUAGUCGACGAAUACGCAACUGAUGCGACUUGUGUACAGGGUUUAUUAGAAAUGUUACAAACGUUCCUCGCCCCAACAUUCGAAUUAUUACAAGGGGAAAACGGAUUAAGAAAUCAUCCGGAUACAGUUGACGACUUCUUUCGAUUAUGUACAAGAUUACUUCAACGAGCAGCACUACCUUUCUUAAAAUGUACGGCAAUCGAUCAUAUAAUUCAGUGUGCGAUUUUAGCGAGUACAAUCGAUCACCGUGAAGCUAACAUAACGGUGGCGAAAUUUCUUUGCGAUUUUGUCGGGUCAAGUAAAAGUAGUAGGAAUCAAAACGAUUUUUGCGAACGAUCGGAAUUGGUUAAAAAGCUUUUAAAUAAAUACGGCCAACAAAUGAUGACGAAUUUAAUACAAGCCUCAGUUUUUUAUCUCCAUUCUUAUAUGUUAAGCGAAAUUGGAGAUUUAGUCUUGGCCCUGUGCGAUUACGACCGCGAAUUAGCCUCGUCCUGGUUGUACGCGGCGUUGGAAACGUUACCAAAAGAUGGAGGAAACGGGGUUAUCACCGUUUCUUCACAACAAUUAAACGAAUUUCAUUUCAAAGUUAUUGGGUCUGAGACAUCAAAAUCGAUUACGCACGCCCUAAAAGACCUAUCAAGAUUAUAUCGUUGAAAUAAAAAUGAAGAAUAAAGAUAUUUUAAAACUGA